CGCGGCGGCCGGGGUCGGUGCCGUCGCCAACGAGCCAGCACCGUGCACCAGGCCACCGGCACCAGCAGAACUGCAAGGCAUCGCGGGCCGUGUGGUCGUUCAUAUCGCUACUCCAAAGUGGACGUCAUCUCUGUGGUGCGAGGCACUCUUCGCGGUUGUGCCUUUAGUGUUUGUGUAGUAGUUGUGUCGGCGUCCUCUCACGGAGGCCAAGAACGCGUUGCCACGUUCGUACCGUCAGCCCGGCACACAGUUAUUGUUUUGGGUUCUUUGCAUGGUGUUGUUCGUUAGUUGACUGUGAAAGGUGGAGUUUUACCGGUAUUGGUUUUAGAAUAAGUCUAAGAUGGCAGACACAGUAAAGAAAUCUCGAAUAGUAAGUGAUGAUGACGAUAAUUUGGAAGAGACUUUACUUGAAGAGUUUAACAUGAGACUAAAAAGCUGCAUGAGCAAAGAUGAUCUCCAGCUGCCCGACGAAGAGCAGGAGCAGGAAGACUCUACUGCACUUCCCCCACCCACUGAAGGCCAUUACGCUAGCCCCCCUUCCCCUCCAAGACCGUUUCCCGCCAAAGGAGCGGAAGAAAGUACGGCCUUGAUCGAAAGCGAAAGACAGGCUAACUUCGAAAACAAUGUCGAAAAUAUCUACGAGACCUUGCCAGAAAAGACUGCACCGCACUGUGAGGACCAAUAUGUGGACAUGGUCCACCCCACCAUCGAAAUCCAAGAUCAAGAAGAGAACGUCAUUGAGGAAGAGAAUAGCGAUCUGGCAGAUACUAGUUAUGAAGUUGUGGAUGCGAAUAGACCCUCUUUUUCACUCAACAAGACUGACCUAUCCAUGGACGAACCUGGCAAAUCUGUCAAGUCGAUGUUUUUGAAUACAGAUGAUGCUGCAGCUACGCUUCUUUUUACGCAAACUGUCACAUCGCCAAUGCUUACACCCUCCGAAGAAAAUAUCGACUUCCUGAAAGGGUUUCAAAGAGAAAAUACCAAUUCCGAUAACACCACAGUCUCAGAAGAUAGUCCUCCAAAAGAAGAUAACUCUACUGAUGUCAGUGCUGAAAACUCUGCUAGCGAACCAGCUGUUGAACCUUUAAAAGAGAAUAUAUACGAAAAUGCUGAAAUUAUAAAAAAGCAACCCUCGGACUUGUACGAGAAUCUUAAACCAAACUCAGUCAAAGAAAAUAUUUACGAAAACGUUAGAGAAUUCAUGGAUGAACAUAUUUAUCAAGACAUAGAGGAAAGUGGAAAGAACGAUGUAGAGGAAUCCAUUAAAAAAGACGAAAAUCUGUAUGAAAAUCUCGAAGAACUCAAAAAGAAUUUACCUGAUGAGGUUAUGAUUGAAAAUUCGUUAUACACUUCUGAUGACAUCACUUCAAAAGAAGAGGUAGAUACAUCUCUACAUCAUGAUGGAUAUGAAGUCAUAAGGGCCGACGAAAUUUUUGAGAUUCAAACUGAACAUUGCAAGAUCACAGAAGAACAUUCCAAGAUCGUUGAGAAGCAUACCGAUUAUUCUGAAGUCAUAGAAAACAAAAUCAUCGAAGUAGUUGCGAAUAACGGUAGUGAUACUUCUUCCAUUAAAUCUGAAACUUAUUCUAUUUCUCCUGAGAAGUUUUCGAAGAAUAAUGAUACAUUAUGUACCAACCUUUCAGCAAAUGGCUCCGAUAUAUUUGAAACUCAAGAAAAUAAUACAAACGGAGUAGACACUAAGCGGGAUGUAUUAGAGAAUCACAAUUCUGAGACGGUGGAGACUAGAAAUGGAGCAAUACAAAACGGAACGUCAGCAGAAUCGCUUAAAAGCAAUACAGAUGUAAUAAAAACCACUAACGGAGACUUGAAAGAGUCUUACACAGAAUUCAUUCAUCACAGCAAAUCAGAAAGCAAUUACUACGAAAAAUACACGGAAGUAGUCUCGAAGAGUUUGAAAGUGGAAAGUAGAGAAAAAGAUACCGAAACCGUUCCACCGGAGAUAGUUAAGAAUUUAAAAAAUCAGUUUUUGAAAACGGGUGUAGACGCUGUGGCAACGAACAAGAAAGAGUUAGGUGGAGUUACGGAGUUACGCACAGUGAAUAUAUUGAACAAGAUUAAUAAAUUUGAGCACAAAGAUGGCGGUGAUAGUAGCUACGCUACUGAAGAGGAGGAUAGUACUGUUACGGAAACAUACAGUGAAACAACCACAAUUCAAUCAGGCGAGUUACAGGGCGGAGAAGAAAAAUGUCUCAAGAAAAAGAAAACAAAAAAGUCAAGAAAGGAAGAAAAAGAAAAUAUAUCUGUUAAAUCAAGUUUUAGUAAAUUUGACGCUCUCCAGAAGAAGAAUGUUCUACAUGUGCGAUCGUUGGACUCAACCAAGGCUCAAGAGAAAUUCAAUGGAACUCAACAGAUUGAUACCACAAACUGCAAGGCCUGUUCAAAGGCAGUCUUCCAGAUGGAACAGAUUAAGGCCGAGAAGGCGAUCUGGCACAAGAAUUGUUUUAGGUGUACAGAAUGCAGCAAACAGUUAACUGUCGAAACGUAUGUUAGUCACGAAGGAAACCUGUAUUGUAAACCACACUUCAAAUCCCUGUUCGCUCCCAAAGUCAUCGAAGAUGAGGCUCCACCAAGUGAUAAGCCUGACUUGGGUCUAGAGGAGCUGCAAAGCUUGAACGUGAAGGAACGAUUUCAAGUAUUUGAGCAACACCAGACAGAAGUCCAGGAACAAGACAGGGGACCUACUCCUGUUAAUGUGAAAAGAUCACAAUCGAUAUUGUCUAAACUUGCCAGGUUUCAAGCGAAAGGUAUGGAUGUGGGCGUCCCUGACGAUGCCCUUAACGGCAUUCCAAUAGAAGAAAGCUCGUCAGAAGAGGAGGAAGAAGAGGAGGUGCCUGAGGGAGAAGAUCCCACGCUCUACAAGGCGAAGAGAGCGCAAAAAGAGAAACCUUUCCACUUUACCAACAUGCACGAAGUUAAGAACAAGUGGGAGCAAGGGGAACAACACUCCAAAGAAGAAAGACGAGAGGAAAGGAAACAGGAGAUACAAUCUAUUAGGAAUAAGCUGUUUAUGGGUAAGCAAGUUAAGAUGAAGGAAGCCUAUCAGCAGGCUGUAAUGCAAUCGGAGUCGUGUGCCAACCUUCACAAACCAGAAGAAAAAAUAGAAUGUGAUACUAAGUCGCUUAAGGAACGCUUUGAGAAAGGAGAAUUGUACAGUGAAAAGGAAGAUCAUAGAAAUGGAGAUGAAGAGAAUGAAGUUUACCAGAGUGAGAUUAGUAAGAAAUCAAGGUCGCUAUUCUUAGAACUAGAUGCAAAUGCUUCAAAGCCCCCACAAAUGACGCCCGUAACUCCCCCUAAAGUUGAAGUUAGGAAAGCAAGAGAGGCUUAUUUGACAAAAACUGCCACUGAAGAUACGGUAAAAUCAUCGGAAAUCGCCGAUGAGGUGAUUGAGAUGAAAACAGCUGAUAUUCAGCAACGGUUCAAGUUUUUCGAAACUUAUAAGGAACCAGAAAAAGAGAAAAAACAGUUUAGAAUAACUCCGCCCAGAGAUGCGUCGCAAGUUAAGAGUGAUACUCCCGAACGAGAGAUCUACCAUGAUCCAGAUAUAGUCAGGGCAGAAGAUUAUGUAGAUGAUUCAGUUAUAGCAAAAACCACGCACACAGCCUCAAAGAUGCUCAACAAAUUCAGACAGAUGGAGGAGAAUCUGACCAAGGAACCUGAACCUGCCGGCCCGAAACCAUUGAAGAGGUUCACUCCACCCCCAGAACCGGCCAGGCCAGAAUCAGAUAGUGGAGAAGAAGAGUCGGAGGAGGAAGAGGAAGAUGAGAUCGAUAACCAAAAAUUACCUCAAGACUUAGUUGAAGUGUGUAUACAUUCUUUGGUAUAUUAGAUGUAAGAAAAGUAAAGAACCAUCCUUGAUGGCAAGCAAUACUCAUGUCUCUCAAGUGCAAAUAUUUUGAAAUAUGAUUCAUCAUAACUCAAUUCUUAUUUUGAUCUAUGUCUCACUGUUGUUGGUGAUGUAAAAAAAUAAUGUAGAAUAUGGUCAACUUCUGUAUCUCCUUCCAAUUCCAUCUAAGAUUUUUUAAGUAGGCUAACUAUUAUUCUUAACUAUGAUUUAACUUCAACUUUGACUAUUAGUUUGAAGUCGAUGUAUCACUCAAAGUCUAAGAUGGAAGUUCUUUUUUGCGUCAUAGUCACAAUAGGCAUUGUUUGCUGUGCAUUUGUAUUGUACCAUUUUUAUUUUUUUAUAGGCGCAAAAAGCCGCUAGAGCCAAGCAACUAACAGCAAAAUUCGAGAAAUGGGAAGCCCAGGAGAUCAAGAGGGAACAAACGCACGCUGUCAAUAUUGUGGAGGAAUAUGGCGAAGAAUCGCAAAUCGAGUCAACAAGAUCAUUACGACAACGUUUUGAACAAAUGAGAGAAACUUCUUCAGACAAAACCAGGAAACCUCUAGUGAAAGUCAACCGAUUUGUGUGAAUGAACUAAACGCAAGGAUCGUCCAAAUAACUUUCAUUUUGAUGUACACUACAGACUUUACAAUUUACUAAUAAAAUCUUUUUACUAGCUUUUUUGUCUACCUUGAUAUUAUAAGAAAACAAAAUAAGUAGGUCCAAAUGAUUGUUAAUAAUUUAAUAUACAGGGUGAUCACUUUUCAAAUCUCGAUGUGUACAUGUCCUUCACCGUGAUAUGCUCUGUAUAGAUUUUUAUAAAUGUUUUAUUGAGUUUUCUAUAUAUUUUUGCUUGUUUAACAAAGUUAUAUUGAGAUUAUCACUUUAUUGUACUUUUUAUGUUGCGAUCUUGUUUGUUAUAUACAUUUUAGAAAAAUUUAGCUAUCUGAAUGUUAUCUGUGAAAUAAGCCAAAAAAAAGAAAUAAAAAAGAUUUGUGAACUUCUUAUGGAAACGAAAUAAUCUUCCCUAGGUUAAAUUUACUAUUUUUAGAGAUUUUAAAUUAUGUACUGUUUAAUAUUUGUGCCAAUUUAUAUUACUUUGAAUGAAUAAAUUCGAUUUUAAUGUGGAAGGUAGUUUUAUUCGUCAAUGAAAUGCUAACAUCAACAAAGAGACAAGUAAAAUAAUGUUCCAAUAUUCAAUUGUUAAAUAUCCUGAAGGAGAUCCCGCCAAUCACUGAGGCGUGUGAGAGCUGCGGAAGAAAAGUAUAUCCAUUGGAGAAGAUAUCCGUGCAUGGUCAUAUUUACCAUAAGGGUUGCUUCAAAUGCAUGGAGUGUGCUUGUGUACUUAGAAUGGAUUCCUAUUCAUACAAUCAGGGCCUGCUGUACUGUACCCCUCACUUCAAAAGGCUAUUUAUCACAAAAGGAAAUUAUGAUUCCGCUUUCGGAUUAAACCAGCACAAAGAAAAAUGGAACAUGAAGGCAACUGUGGCAUGAGUUAGCUGACCUUUCUUAUAUUGUGAUAUUCUUAUUCAUUUUAAUGUGUUUGCCAAUUUAAUUGUAUCACGUCAAUAAUACAUAUUCGUACUUAAAUUAUUCUAAGAAUAAACGUAGUUUUUUUUAUAUUUACUAUGCAUGUGCGUAUGUCGUAUUUCCAUAUUUACUCUACAUAUAUUUUUGUAUAUUACCA